AUGACCUCAGACUUGAAGGAACGUGCCAAGGUCGGACGGCGUGGCGUCUUCGGCACAUGUGCUGAUCGUUUCUAUCGAAGCCCCUUGAACGCCAAGGAAGGCCCUGAAGUGGAUUGGGACGGUGGCAACGCGGCCAUGGGCAAGGACCCCACCUCGCCCGAAGCCAGGUCUUCCUUCAAGUCCACCUCUCCGCGCAUGCGUCGCGAACGGGCCAAGGAGGUGGAUGUGGUCACGUUGGGUGACAUCUCAACCCCGGUCACACCGGCGCAGUUGGUGGAGCCCAGCUAUCGCUCGCCGUACCGGAUACCCAGGUCAGAGCACUUGUCAUUCGGCUCCGGACAGACCCGUUUCACCGAGAAGCAGGACACCGGGCACGGAGCACGGAGCGGUUUGGUGGGCCGGAAGGUCCUCAUGGCUGAGAACAUGGUCGCCGCGGGCAGCCUGGAUCAGCUGGGCUUGUGGAUGAACACCCCAGGGCUUCUGGAGCUUUUCUCCGCCAGCGAGCUGCUUCGUCUCCUCGAGCAAACCUCGCGCUUGAGCUCGAAGCGUUCGAGCGCUUGGAGCUCUGCGCUGGCGGUGGUCACUGAGCUCCAUGCUCGCCGCUGGAAUAAGGUGGGGGAGACGCUGGGCAGAGCCACUGACAUCUGCGAGAACUGUGGAGCCUGGCAGCGAGGGUUAGAUCUGCUGAAGACCCUCCAACAGCUGCGCCAUCCAACAACUCAUGCCGCCAAGUCAGCGAGCUGGCGCCUGGAAGAGUUCGCAGGGCCUGCAGGCAGACGUCCAAGGUUGGAGGCCAAGGGUCCUUCCCUACCGCAGGUGUUGAAGCAACGGCAGAUGACUCGCCUUCGCCACACGGAGCCCAACGAGGUCUCCGAGUCCGUGGAAGCGCUACAGCGAUUUCACCUGGAGCCUCGCGACUACGUGUGGAUUUUGGAGAAAUACAGCAAGGUCUUUGCGUGGGAGAAGGCGUUGGCCUUGUUGGAUGACAUGCGAGUCGCGGACUACCAUCCAGUCGUGGACCAUUACAACCGAGCAUUGCUGGCCUGUGAGCGGGCCAAUCAAUGGGAGCAAGUCAUGCAGAUCUGGGAAAGCUUGAAGGUGUCUGGAACACCUGACCGGAUGAGCUUCUCAGUGCUGCUGACACGAAGUUGCCAGCUGAGCCUUUGGCAGGACGCCCUAAGAUUUUGGAAGGACAUGGGCCCGGACAUGGCGAAUGAGAUGGUUUGCAGUCAGAUCAUGCGCGCUUGUGGCCGUGCUGGGAAGUGGGAGAUCGCGCUGGCCCUGAUGGAUGUGAUGCAGGAUCAGGAGAUGGUUCUGGACGAGGUGAUCUACGGGACGGCGAUCCAGGCAUGCGAACGGGCCCGGAAAUGGCAACAUGCCCUGGCCUUGCUGGUCACCUUACUCCCUGUUGAGCGCGCACGUCAAGAGGAAGGUCCUCAAGUGGACUUCUUGGGCUUGACAGAGGAGGAUUGGGAUGUGAUUGAGUCGCUUGAAGACGAGACGAGUGAUCCAAGAAUGGAGUUCCUGUGGGAUGAAUUCAAGGAUCUCUAUGGAAUUGAAGAGGAAGAGGAAGAGGUGACUCCGGAUUCUGCAGUCGAAGCAGUUCUACGGACGCUGGAGGUCCAGGAGCCCCACAUCUCUCCCAAUUUACCCAUCUUCAGCAGCACAGUCAGGGCUCUUUCUCGAGGCUUUCAAGUGGCUCGAGCGUUGGACAUUCUGGAGCAGAUGGCUUGCGCAGGGAUACAACGGUUCCUCGCGACCAUCGACGAUCCACGCGAAAUUCGACGCGGUCGACAUGGCGGAACUAUUCCGAUGGAACGUGCUGCAACGAUUCAGACAACAUCAGACACCUUGGUGCUGUUCUCCAGGGAUUUGAUGUUGAUGUCCGACUUUGCCACUGGUUGUGCAGAUGCUUGGCAUUCCUCCCUGCAGCUGCUGGAGGACGUGCUGGACAAGGGAGAUCUCGUGGUGGAUACUCCACUGAUCAACGCCGUGACCUGGGCCAUGACCUGCGCCAAGUGCUGGACGAGGGCACUCGAAAUGCGCCAAGUCUUGGACAACCAGAGUCUUCGACCCAGCACAGUCACGUUCAACACCUUGCUGACAGCAUGUGUACAAGCACGCGCAGCAGCUGCUUGUCAAGCUUUGCUCCAGGAGCUGCAGCGGUCUGAGUGUUUGCCCAAUCAAGACACCGAGAAGCUCAUAGCAGAAAUACGGGAUCAGGUGAAGAUCCAACCACUCCCGACCUCGAGACAGAAGACGGCCAUGCCCAAGAGCUUGGCGAAAAAGGUGAAAACGCGGACUGCGGAGGCAAACAGCAGCGGCCCAAUGCUCCGGGGGAGCUGCCUUCCGGACGUUUUCGGCCCAGUCUUGGAAGGCCCUGCGCCCAACCAGUACAACACGAUCGCCUCAAAGAGGCACAUCCAAGGAGCUGCGUCGCUCAAGGACAAGCGGAAGCCCAUGCUGGUGGGCUCAACAGCCAGCAGUGUGGGUCCAGGAAGUUAUGGCGAGCAUGUGGACACGAUGCUGUUGAAGAAGACCUACAAUGUGACGACCCAGGCUCGCAGCAUCAUCUCCUCCAACCGACCUGAGUGA